AUGGCUAAUCCGGACGUCAAAGACGAGUUGGAAGCGCUUGACGCUCUGGAAUCGGAGGCCAAGGAGUUCGAUAAGGAUGCCGAGAUUGAGCGCAUUCUCAAGGCCUUCCGAUUAGACGCCUAUGCCGUUCUCGACCUACAGCCCGGCGUCCCGGAAUCCGACAUCAAGCUCUGCUACCGCAAGAAAUCCCUCCUCAUCCAUCCGGACAAAACCAAGAACCCGAAAGCGCCCGAAGCCUUCGACAGGCUGAAGAAGGCCCAGCUGGAGCUCAUGGACGAAAAACACCGAGAACGCCUAGACGAGGCCAUCGCCGACGCCCGCAUGCUGCUGAUCCGCGAGAACAAGUGGACCGUCGACAGCGAGGAGCUCAAGGCGCCCGAGUUCGCGAAGAAGUGGCGCGAGAAGACGCGCGAAGUCCUCGUCGACAACGAGCACCGGCGCAGGCGGCAGCUCAAGGGCCAGCUGCAGGAGGAGGGCCGCGAGCAGCGGAAGCAGGACGAGGAGCUGGAUCAACGCAAGCGGAAACGACAGCACGAACAGGACUGGGAGGCCACGCGCGACCAACGUAUUGAUAGCUGGCGGCAAUUCCAGAAAGGGAGGUCCAGCGGUGAGGGGAAGAAGAAGAAAAAGAUGAAGCCGAUAGGCUGAUGGUCCUCCGCCUCCUCACGCACGG